AUGCCCACCGUCACUUCAGGGAAGGUGCUCGUUACCGGAGCCAAUGGCUUCAUCGCAGGGUGGGUGGUCAAGACCCUACUCGAACAUGGGUAUUCAGUAAGAGGCACUGUACGCUCAGCCGGGAAAGGGGACGCCAUCAAAGAGGUCUUCGCAAGCCAUGGUGAUAAGUUCGAGUUGGUCGUGGUGGACAACAUGAUUUCAGACGGGGUGUUCGACCAAGCCGUGAACGGGGUCGACGCGAUCGUCCACGCCGCGUCCCCAAUCGGGAUCGACGCAGAGGACCCAGAUGCGUUCAUCAUCCCCGCGGUAAACGGGACGACGAGCAUCCUGAAGAGCGCGAGCCUCGCCGGGUCCACCGUCAAGCGCAUCAUCAUCAUCUCGUCGCUCGCCGCCGUGCUGAACAUGUCGCGGGGCACCCCGUGCGUCCUCACCGAAUCCGACUGGAACGACCCCGAAGUCGCGGAGGUGAAGGAGAAGGGGCGCACCGCGCCCCAGGCGGCGAAGUAUCGCGCGAGCAAGACGAUGGCGGAGAGGGCGGCCUGGGACCUCUAUCGCGAGGGGAAGGAGAGGGGUGUGAUUGGGUGGGACCUGGUUACGCUGUGCCCGCCUUGGGUCUUCGGCCCCGUGCUCGGCGCGAAGAGCCCGCAUGACUUCAACUUCUCCAUAAAGACCUGGUAUGAACUUGCCGUCAAGGAGGAGGGGGAAGUGCCUACAUGGAGCAAAGGGAGUUGGGUGGACGUCCGAGACUUUGCGGAGGCUCACUUGCUUGUGCUCACUAAACCCGAAGCGGGCGGUGAGCGAUACAUCAUCGCGGCCGGGCCUUACCUGUGGUCGCAAUGGGUGGCCGUAGCGCGCCAGCUAUUGGGGAAGUCCAGUGAAGAAGAGGUUGGAGACAACGCGGCCAAAGUUGUCUUCGAGGUCGUGUUUGAUGCGACGAAAUCGCGCGAGCAGUUGGGACUGACGUAUCGCAGCAAGGAGGAGACGGCGGCCUUUUUACUGGAUGAGUUCAAGGCAAAGGGUUGGUGUUGAACGCGAGGAAUUUCACUGCGCAAAGGUACACUAGCAGAACCUUGGUCGAC